GCCACAGCAGCCAUAAAGGAGGUUCCGCACAGACACACAUACACACGCACCAGUCUGGAAGGAAUUAGACAGCUGAAACAGCGGCUGAGAGAGACUUUGGCCACUUCUGUGCGCUCUGUGUAACCUGGAUACUUGGGGAGACUAAAAUACUUACCUGGAUGCCGCCCCAAGAGAGCCGAAGCCGGCUGCAGAGAUUUAAUUACUGAAAAGUAACUUUUUUUAUGCUUUUAGAUUUUUGUCUUCUAAAUUUCUCUGACUUUUUUUUUCAACUUCAUUAACUUUUUUAAAACAAAAAUAUGACUGAAACUAUCCGAAGUUGGUGAGGAUUAUUUAUAUAUUUUUACAGCUUUGAUUUUACAUAAACUUUCCAUAUAAAUGUUGCCAAAGUUGACUGACAAGCUGUUUGCACACUAGAGAUGAAUGUGGCCCCAGACUGAUUAAAGGACACGCUGACUCUCUCAUUCCCGAAGAUAAGGAUUGUUUUUGAUUUUUUUUAUUAUUAUUAUUUAUGAGGGCAUCGUUGAGUGGAUUCAUGAGAAUCGCUCAAACUUAUUUGCCACUUUCUUCGCUUGUGGACCGCUACCAGAGCUGACGGAGGUGACCGCAACCCUUCUGCGGACCAACUAGCGGACAGCAGCUGCUUCAAGAUGAACUGUCAGAGAGUCCUAACCUACCUGAGGAUAUUUGGGACCACCAUGUUCGGCGUGUCUCUCCUGGUGGGAAUCUCCACAGCCUACAUCAUGGGCUAUCAGUUCAUCACCACAGCCCAAAAUCAUCUGUCCUUUGGCCUAUAUGGUGCUAUCUUGGUCGUCCAUCUAAUCAUCCAGAGCCUCUUUGCACUCCUGGAGCACCGAAACAUGCGGCGCUCCUUGGAGACGCCGAUCAAACUGAACAAGUCCUUGGCCUUGUGCAUUGCAGCCUAUCAGGAGGAUCCAAGCUACCUGAGAAAGUGCCUGGUGUCAGUGAAGAGGCUGACGUACCCGGGGAUCAAAGUUAUCAUGGUGAUCGAUGGGAACUCAGAUGACGAUCUGUACAUGAUGGAAAUCUUUAAGGAAGUAAUGGGAUGGGACAACUCAGCGACGUACGUGUGGCGGAGUAAUUAUCACAUCAAAAGUCCAGAAGAGACUGACGAGAGCUACGCUGAGAGCUUGCAGCAGGUCUCCAGACUUGUUCUCAACAAUAAGUGUGUGUGCAUCAUGCAGAAGUGGGGAGGCAAAAGAGAGGUCAUGUACACAGCCUUCAAAGCACUAGGAAGGAGCGUGGACUAUGUACAGGUGUGUGACUCAGACACCAUGCUAGACCCAGCAUCAUCCGUGGAGAUGGUGAAGGUUUUAGAAGAGGACCCAAUGGUUGGAGGUGUUGGAGGAGAUGUACAGAUUUUGAAUAAAUAUGAAUCAUGGAUCUCCUUCCUGAGCAGUGUCCGCUACUGGAUGGCCUUCAACAUUGAGAGGGCUUGUCAGUCAUACUUUGGUUGUGUCCAGUGCAUCAGCGGACCUCUAGGAAUGUAUCGUAAUUCUCUCCUGCAUGAGUUUCUUGAAGACUGGUACAAUCAGACCUUCAUGGGGUCCCACUGCAGCUUCGGGGAUGACCGUCAUCUUACAAACCGAGUACUCAGCCUUGGGUAUGCAACCAAAUACACUGCACGAUCAAAGUGCCUUACGGAAACGCCUAUUACAUAUCUACGAUGGCUUAAUCAACAGACUCGAUGGAGUAAGUCUUAUUUCAGAGAAUGGCUUUACAACUCCAUGUGGUUCCACAAGCAUCAUCUAUGGAUGACGUAUGAGGCAGUAAUCACAGGAUUCUUCCCAUUUUUCCUCAUCGCAACUGCAAUCCAGCUCUUCUUCCAAGGACGACUCUGGAAUAUUUUGUUGUUUCUACUCAUUGUGCAAGCAGUGGCAUUGAUCAAAUCGUCAUUCGCCAGCUGCCUCAGAGGCAACAUUGUCAUGGUGUUCAUGUCCUUCUAUUCAGUACUGUACAUGUCAAGCCUGUUGCCAGCCAAAAUGUUUGCAAUAGCAACUAUUAACAAGUCAGGCUGGGGGACCUCUGGGAGGAAAACAAUAGUGGUGAACUUUAUUGGUCUGAUUCCAAUAACAAUUUGGUUUACCAUCCUUUUCAUUGGGAUUAUUUACACUAUAAUCCAACAGACUAAAAAACCUUUUCCUCAAUCAGAAGAGAUUGUGCUCAUCGUUGGGGCAGUGGUCUAUGCCAGUUACUGGGUGAUACUGUUGACACUAUACACUGUCCUUAUAAACAAAUGUGGAAAGAGGAAGAAGGAAACAGAUUAUGAUAUGGUGCUGGAUGUGUGACCUAAAGGCAAAAACGCCACUAACCACUAAACUGAUUUCAGUUUUUAUAUUCCUGUUUACAAUUUUUUUCCCAUGCAGAACAACUCUGGUGGCAAAAUUGGUUUAGUUCUACCACAGUGGACAAAGAAAGGGUUGAGCUGUAAUAAUUAAAUCCGUGCUCUUGGACGUUAACAAGUAAUGGCUAACUGGACAUCUUUUAGAUAUUUAGAACGGCAAGGUUGCCAUUAUUAUCAAAGUUGGCUAAAAAGAGUGCGAGGCUUUGUAAAAUUAGCUACCUCUUACUGUCUCAUCCACUGGGCAUCUGUCUAAUGUAGGUAACUUAGUCAGAGAAACUGUGGAUUUUUAGCUUUUCUAUUGGGGUAUAACUUGACCAGGAAGAAUAUUUUUCUCCCAGAGAGUCAUUGUCACUAAGAUGUGUCUGUACACCACAAACCGAGAAUGUUCUAUGUGUUUCUGCAUUGAAAGCGAGCCCAAUGACUGCCGGUUUGGGCCCACUAUCAAAAAACUGCACAAGGAGUAUUGCAAGGAGGCACCUCCUCUGAGCAACUAGUGUUACCAAAGUGUCCAAAUGAUCUCUUUGUUGAGGUUUUACCACACCACCAUGCAAUGGGGUAAUACAUGAAAGAUGGAAAUAUUUGUCUUAGUAAAUACUUUUCUAAUAGGGAUAUUGACAUGAAAUUCACACCAGGUGUUGGUUAAAUAAUCUAAGAUAAUCUACACAUACAAAUAAAUCAAAACGAUUUUUCCAUAAGGAAUGUGUAAGAAAUUAAAAUGAGGGAAUAAAGAUUUAACAUGCUUGCUGAAUGUAUUUAAUACUAAUAGAAAGCCUUUUUGAUAAUGACAAGCUCAAGACAUCUCCUGUUUUAAGAAACUACUCUUAUGCAAUGAUCAGAUAAACCAGUCUUCCACACAAACUGUCUUCAAAUUGCUAAUGUCUAGCUUCACAUCGCAAGAUUUUAGCUGAUUUUGAAAACCUGAGAGACACUAAUCAUAAUGAUAAAAAGCAUAGCUGUAACAGGUUUGCUCGUAUAGUGUGUUGUGUCCGGUCAAAGGGCAAGCACACAGAUGACCGGAUUUUUCUCACGAGCAUUCAGAUGUCAGUAGGGGAAUCUCGCCUAACAAACCUCUUUGACACCCAACAUGAGAGUUCAAACUAAACAAACAUGGACAACGAUGAAGUACAAUGGCGAUAUUUCUUGGACUAAUUUUAACAGAGAUAUUAAUUGAUAAUCUUUAUUGGAUUCAAGUCUAGUGUUUAUAGCAGAUUUACCUUGUCUGUCGAAAAGCAGUUGAGUAUUUUCCCUGGCUGUGUGACCAUUUGCUUGCUGAGAAAUCCCCCUUGCAUCAUCUUGUUAAAAGUCUCUUUGUACAUUUCUUUAUUCAUACCUCAGUCAUGCAGUCAGUCAGUUAUAUGAGGACUGCCAGUGCCACAUGCUGGAAAACAGCCCUGUACCUUGAUGAUCCUACCCUCAAACCUCACCACUAGUGUGGUGUUCAUGGGUUAUGUGCAGUCCAUCUUCACCUCUCGGCCUCCAAAGAGUUUAAUUCUGGAUCUAUCUGAUGAGAUUAUAUCCUCCCAGUAUUUUAAUGGUGAGUGUUCCUCCAUGAACUUUAAACAAGUGUCAACGGGCUCUUUCUUCAGCAGUGGAGUCUUGUGCAGUGACUGUAUACAGAGACCUUGAAAAUUAGAAACUAAAUGGCCAAAAUGUGCCAAGCACCUCUUGAGGAUGACCGUUCUGUACUUUUUGAUAGUUUCUGUUUUCGGACACACUUAUUUUGAUGUCUUUGUAGGUGUAAAUUACAUAGCUUUUUUACUGAUAGUUGGUGUGAAUUUCAUCAAUACCACAUUAGCAUAUGCACAGAAAAAUAUUUCCAUGUUACAUACCUAUUUCCCCAACUGUACGUGCAAAUUACAUUUGUUUUUUCUAAAAUGUAUCUCUGCACUGGUUCAGUCAGUUUCAGUGUAUCUGAUGCAUCCAGGGUAAUAUAUUGGUGUGCCUUCUCAGUGUUUUAACAGUUGCAUACCAGUUUACAAAGCACAAAAGGCUUUACAAUUGAGAGCUGCUUUCAGCUGCACUCAUGUCGUAUGGGAAGCAUCCGUGAACUGCACCUGCUUUACCAGGUCAGGGAUUGUCUCCAGUGGAUUCCACUCUGAGAGGUACCAGCCAACCUACACGGUUCAACCCAUAAUUAUCUUACUGUGAAGAAACAAUGCUGCUCAUGGCACUGUGCUGCAGCAAUAGUGGAAGGAUUCUGUGCAUCAUACAGCAGCAUCUUCACGUCAAUUUUAGCAGAAACUGUAAGCCUCUAAAACUGACAACAGAACAAGGUGACGCUCCUUGAUUUUGGUGCCAAGAAAAAAAGAGCCCUAGCUGUUAUUGGUAGGUCUGAAUGUACUCUGAAGUAAGACAUAUCAUCAAUGACAGUUAAUGCAAACUUCCCUCCUCCGUCAGUAGGCCUAAAUUCAGCAAUGACUGGUGGUCAUUUUAAGUGAAUUUAGGAUUAGCAUGACUGUUGAAUGUAAAUCGGUGUUUUACAUGGUGACAGACAAAUAAUGUUCAUAAACGAUCCCAUAUGACAUGACUGCAGGAGUCUCAGUGUUUACAAUAUGAAUCAUUGUUUGAAUUUUUUUUUUUUAACUUGACCAGAUGUACAUGUAACCACAAGCAAAAGACUUUGCAUUGCUGCUGCUGUGACUGUAAUUUUUGCGGAAACAAUGACUAUUGUUUCCAAACCUUGUCGAAUAUAAAUUAGGACUGUAUGUUACACAGAAAAUCAUUUUAAGCAGUCCUACUGAUAUAUUUAUUUCAACCUAGUUGAUGGAUGACCACCAAGCUGAGGAGGUGGAAGUGUUACAAUCCAAGGACUGUGAUUUUUGCUUUCUGCGUACCUUUGUUCCCUUAAGUUCUUCAAAUAUUGUGUUAAGGAGAAUGUGGCCACACCUGCUUGCAUCGCUGGACUCUGUGCAAGGAAUCAAGUAUAGAAGAAAGAAAGAAUUUUAUUGUGGGAAGUACUACCUAAUAAUAGGAAUGGAAAUAAGGGCACUUGACAGAAGGGAACAUCAUUUUGGGAUAAAACAAGUCCAGUGUUUGCUGUGGAUCAGGAGCUGAUAUGAGUUUAUAUGUUAUGCACUUUUGCGUCUCCCCUGUUCUCCAGCCUGAUGCUUGACGUAACCAAGAUCAAAUACCUCUCUGGAUUGCAUCAAGGUGUUGCUGUCCAAAACCUGAUGCAAUAGGAUGGAUUUCAAGAGUCUGUUUGUGAUUUUAAAUAUAAAACAGUGCAUGUUUUUCUACACAGUUCCAUAUAAAGACUGAAAGAGCUGGAUUUUUUUCUAUUGUGUGUCAUUACAUUGAUGUAGCUGUAUUUUUACUUUGUAUUUCAAUGCCUUUUGUAAGUAGACAUUUUUGCUUAUAUGCCAAAGAAUUUGGUUUUUAUUUUCAUUAAUAUUUUUAUAAGAAAAAAAUAUUUGCUGUACUUUUAACUGUUCCAACAGUUUCUUAUAUAUCUGACCAAACAAUGUGAAAAUAUGAGCUGGGUGAGUGAGAUUUUUUUCUGCAAUAACAAUGGAAAAAUGCAAUUUGUCAGAGUAAGUUAUUGUUUUUUUUAUUUGUAUUUGAAUAGACAAGCAUCAUAUUUAUUUGAGAUGAUUCUGUGCUUUAUAAAAAAAAAUCUUUAAAAUAUUGUCAAAUACAUAUCAAAUCCUCAGAUCACAUUUUUACACUGCAAAAUAAAAUUAUUAUUUUCAGAUUGUACGAUACUUUAUACAGGAAAAUAAUUGUUGGUCUUUCUGCAUCAAUAGAAAAAAAUGGAAACUACAAUAACUAAUAAAGGAAAAGCGGACUGA